ACUGUUGAAUGAAGCUCCUGGUACAAGGUUCAAUUGAUCUAGCCCAACUGACUCUCACCAAAAAUAGUCAAAGUCUAAAAUUAGAGUAAAUUAUCAAACCCAUUCUUUUAAAAAAACAGGAACAAAGUAACCCACUGCUGUCCUCUAACAUUUUAUAUGAGGAACCACAAGAGAAGUACCAACUGCAGAAGUAUUAAAGUGGAGGUCCUUAGAGGAGAGAGCUAGUGCUAAGCCAUGUUUCUAUCUUGGAAGACCAUGUCCAAGUCGCUGAAGAAGAUCGUGGAGGAGAGCAGGGAGAAGAACCAGCCCGAGGUGGACAUGUGCGACCGGGGCAUCUCCAGCAUGCUGGACGUGCCUGGCCUGUUUACGUUGUCUCAUAUCACACAGCUAGUUCUGAGUCACAACAAGCUUACAUCUGUGCCAGCAAACAUCGCAGACCUGAGAAAUAUAGAAGUGCUCAACUUUUUCAACAACCAGAUUGAGGAGCUGCCUACACAGAUUAGCAGCCUUCAGAAGCUCAAACAUCUGAACCUUGGCAUGAACAGGCUAAACACCUUGCCAAGGGGUUUUGGAUCUUUACCAGCUCUAGAAGUUCUUGACUUGACUUACAACAACUUAAAUGAAAAUUCCCUACCAGGAAACUUCUUCUAUCUAACCACCCUGCGUGCACUCUAUCUAAGUGACAACGAUUUUGAAAUCCUGCCGCCAGAUAUUGGGAAGCUCACAAAGUUGCAGAUACUGAGUCUUAGAGACAAUGACCUGAUAUCACUGCCUAAAGAAAUUGGUGAGCUCACCCAGCUUAAGGAACUGCAUAUCCAGGGAAACCGUCUUACUGUGCUGCCCCCAGAACUGGGUAAUUUGGAUUUGACUGGUCAAAAGCAAGUCUUCAAAGCAGAGAACAAUCCUUGGGUUACCCCUAUUGCUGACCAGUUCCAGCUUGGAGUAUCUCAUGUUUUUGAAUACAUUCGUUCAGAAACAUAUAAAUAUCUUUAUGGCAGACACAUGCAGGCAAACCCUGAACCUCCAAAGAAGAACAAUGACAAGUCAAAGAAGAUCAGCCGUAAGCCUCUGGCAGCCAAGAACAAAUAAGUGCCUGGCUUCUGCCUCUGUUUUUAUAUCUUCUACAUUUCUUUUGCAUGUGCUUAUAAUAUUCCCUCACAUCUUCUGUUGCUUAUAAGAAAGCAGAGACUAGAAUUAAAUGCAAUUUACUAUGUAUACCGCUUUAGAAGGUACUGCUAGAGGGAUACAAAUUUAUAUAUUCUCCUAAUUAUGGUCACAUUUAUGUAGCCAUUUAAUACAUCACUGUCGAACAUAUUUUAGCUUUUCUAUUUAUAUGUAUAUUAAUGUCCUCUCUUCACAUGUGUCACAUGCUGUUAAUAUCAGGGGGUUUACACCUAUAUUAUAUGAUACUAAAUUUCAUAUUAUAUUCCAAUUGAUUUUAAUAAAGUUUUUAAUUUGUA